AGGCGGGUGCGGGGGGCGCCAGCCAACCGCUGCCGCGCAGCGCAAGCGCCGCCACCGAACGCGCCCCGCCGGCCUCCUCUCGGCUCUCCCCUCCGCUUCCCCGCGCGGCCCGCCCGCCCGAGGCGACGCGACGCUCCCCCGGGAAUCCAGCCUUCCCCGCUAUCUUCUCGCGGCGCUCCCUCAAAUAGGCGUCGUCUUGUCCCUCCCCCCGCGCGCCAGAUCACGGUCCGCGUCAAGGGGCUGUGUCGUCGGGUUGACUUGGGCGCUGGCUGCCGGGGAGUUGAUGGGCGGGCCGAGCGGCCGGCGGCGGAGGUGGGCGCGGCGGUCGUGCCGGACGGGAGGGGGAGCCGGGGUCGUCAGGCGGACGGUCGCGGUGACGGCGAACAGGGCGAGCACGGCGCCGCCGCGGGUGGCGGAAGGGUUUGCCCAUGUGGACAAGCAACGGCGUGUUCAUGGAGUACUAUCAGAUUUCAGAUAUAGCAGUGGAUCCACAGAUUAUUUAUCUUCAGACAUUGGGGAAUUCAAGCAUAAGAGCUCCUAUGGAAGUUCUCGAAGAUGUCAUCCGUCAGAGAGAAAUAUUACAGAAACCAGCCACGUGCAACCCUCGGUGAUGACAGAAUUGGAUGGUUUUCAUUCUUCAGGUGCAGUUCUUGUAGAUUCAACUUUUAUUCCACGGCUAAGAGAAAACAAAACCUCCAGCAAUAUAGAAUUGUGCCAUACUAGCAGCACUGUUUCAGGAUUGUCCAUUCGGCCUAAAUAUUACCUCAACAAUCCCAGCAGCAACUUGAAGAAUCCUCCAACUGUAAAGAGCUGCAGUGAUAUGAGUGAUUUUAGUCAUCAACUAGUCAGAAGCGUUAAAAGGUCAGCUUCUACAAAGAUGGGCUUAACAAGUGCAAACAGUUCCCUUUCUGAGAAAAUGUCAUUGCUACGUCAACCACGGUAUGGCGGUAAUCAUCAGGACCAAAAUUGUAUCAGUACUUUGAAUCGAAGACAUAAAAUUGUGAAUCCUAGAGGAGUAAAUGACCUGCUUAAUACAGAGGAGGUCCAUGACCAGCUUGAUUACUCAUUGGGAGGAUAUUCACAGGCUUUGUUAAAUAAUGCAUUAGUUCGAGAAAAGCAAAUGUACUGUUCAACUGUACUUAAUCAAAAAGCAACUGAAGAAUUAUGGAGCCCUGCAGACAGUGAAUCUGAGAAGAUAGUAUGCUUUUCCUCUGGUGACAGCAUUGAUGACUUGCAAGUAUCGUCUUCAAGCGACACUAGUGAUAGCUCCAACUUAUCAUCUCUAGGUGCAGUAGCUAAUAAUCAAUGGAAGAUGACCUUUAAAAAGGUAUACUGCCCUCAUGCUGCACGCCUAGACUCUACGUCUGUCAUAUACCGCAAAGAGAUAGGUCAGGCUAGCCCGAUAUCUGUUCUUGAGCCUCCAUCUGAGGAUAGCUCUGAUUCUGAAAACAUCAGGCGAGAGCCUGCCGAUCUGUAUGAUCUCCAACUGAGACUUGAGCUUGGCACAUUUGCACCAGCAGAGACUGCUGCAGAGGCAAGUAGCGUUGGCAGAACUAGUGACUAUUUAUCCUCUGAAGUGGAGUCGAACAACAAUGAACCUACACAGCUGGUUGAAAAUAUUCUUGAAGAAUUUGAAGAUGAAGAGGAAAGGGACUUUUCUUACUUGCUGGAUAUACUGAUCGCUUCUGGCAUUCAUGGAACUGCAGAGGAUCAACUUUACAAAGUGUGUCAGUCGCUCGACUGCCCUGCCAGCUAUGAUGUCUUUGAGAAGUUGGAAAACAAGUACAAAGUUGUUACGUGGUCAAGAUCAGAUAGGAAGUUUUUAUUCGAUAUGGUCAACACAGUAUUGUCACAAAUUCUUGCUCCAUGCUUGAACAUGCAACCUUGGGUCAAUACUGCCAGGAACUUGGCUCCACUAUGGGGAUCUGAGGGCCUGUUGGAAAAGGUCUUGCAGGUGUUAGAUCAGAGACGAGAAGAACUUGCACCGAGUAAGACGAAGCCUGAAAUGAAAAGAUUUGAUCAGAAGUGGCCAGAUUUAGCAGAUGGCAUCGACAGGGUAGGAAGGGAUAUUGAAAAAUUGAUAAAAGAUGAUCUUUUGGAAGAACUGGUACUUGAGCUACUAUCCAGUUAGGUUUCCACGGCCCAUAGUAGGGCUUACGCAUUGUAGCAGUACAGGUCCCUUGAUUUUUAGUUAGUUUUUGUAGUCAGUUAUUGUUCCUUCGGUCCUUACGAUGGAUUUGUUUUAUUUUUCUUUGUUAUUAAAAGCGGUGGUUGACAGGGUUUUUGGUCUAGUCGCCGUGCUUCCGGUGAGUUCUAUUGGAUUAGGUGAUGUCUGUAGCCAAAUUCUUUUCUUCCUUGAAAAAAGUAUAUGUCGAAGCGGGAUUUGUAAGAAUGGGAGUCUUAUCUGUCGAGUUUUGUCGGCUGUGAGAGUUUAGUCUGUAGAUGAGGGCAAAUUGUAGUCCCCAGACAUUUGUAUUGUUCUUGAAAGGAAGAAUAAGUGCCGUGUUCUUUUGGUCAA